AUGACGCCCACCAAUCCCAAGCAAAAGCCCGUGCCGGCACCUGUGGCCGACGCAGGCGGCAUGCUCGCGGCCUCGCUCCGCAUGCUCAUCUCGCUGGUCUUCAACGCGCAGCUUCUUCCGCUGCUGGCCUUUCUCACCACGGGCGCUCUCUCGCUGCUGCUGCAUCUGUUCUUUGCCCAUGUUGUGCCUGCGGUUGCCGGUGCUUCGCUCGCCGCCCUUGUCGCCGCCCUUGUCCUCCUCGCCUCCGCCGUUGUCCUCGCCGCUCUCGUCCUCCGAUCAUUUGCCUACCUCGCCACUGACCCGUUCUCGUCUCGCGAGCAUGAGAUUGUCCUGCGCAAGGUUCUCCGGCUCGGCGUCGGGAACGUGACUACUCUCGCGGUGGCCAUGCUUGCCAUCUCAGCCGGGAUCUGUCUUCACAUCGCUCCUGACGCCGGCGCGCCGGCUGCCUCGCACGGCCCUCUGGAUCUGCUGCUGGUGCUGGCGGGCCCAGUCGUUGUCUGCGCAUGUGUCCAGGUGGUGGCCGCAGUUGUCGGUGCGCUCUGGGUUGAUCUCUGGGCCAUGCUCUCGGUCCAUCGUAAGACCGCAUCGCCGGCGCUGGCUGACGCCUGGACAAGGCUCCUCCUCGCCGCCAAGGUUGCCGGCCUUGCCGCUGCUGCGGCGCUCUCCCUUCGCGGCAUCCCUGGCAUUCCGCCACAUACAUCGCCGGGCGAGAUUGCUAUCGUUCUAAUCUUUGGCCAGGUUCUCUGCUUUGCUGGCCUCUGGGUUGCGCUCGAGCUGGCCAGCCUUGUCCGACUUGUGUGGCGUCUGGCCGGGUCGGCCUCGUUCUGGGUUGGAGCAGCCAGUGUGAUGGGUGGCGCUCUCGCCGCAGGUCACGUGCUCGGUGGUGCGUAUGCCGCCUGCCUCACCAUCAUCCCCACCGCCGCCCUGCUCGAGUUUGUCUACCUUCGGCGCGUGGUGGGGCGGACCCAAGUUCGGCCGUCGUCGGCCGUUCGCACCGUCACCAUGCUCAUCCGGUCGGUGGUUGGCACGGUCCUGGUCAUUGCUCUCUCACUCCUGGUCUACACUGCAUAUCAGGGCUGGACAUCGCCAGUCAUCGACGACGUCUUUACCGUCGACAACACUGUGGCUGGCGUCAGACUCACCCACGAGGGCUACGGUCACCCGCAGUCGGUGACAACGCUUGGCUGGAGCGAAUCAACACCGGCCUGGCGGCGCUCAGCCGACUCGCACUCGAUCUGCUCGCUCGCUUGGCGAGGCCUCAACCUAUUCGACAUCGGCUUCCUCGCGCAGCUGGCGUACGUCAACGGCGGGACGCCAUACUGGGAAGCUAUGACUGCCGCGUUCUUUGAUGGCACCAAGGGCAACGGCGGCGACAACGACUGGAUCGUGACGCCGCCGGUCACGGCAACUGGUGCCGCAGGCGUUGCCCUCUUUGCCGAGUUCUACUCGCCUACUCGCAACAUAUCGGUUGUUGCCAUUCGUGGGACGAACCCGUCGAAUCUGUGGGAUGUCGUUCAGGACCUCGCCAUCUGGUAUCCGGCGGCGCUGCUUCAGACCGCCGUCGCGUUGCCGACCACGCUAUCGCUCUGGCCGACCGACGUCCUUGCAUCUGUUGUCGGCGUCCUCGGUUCGCUCGAGUCAUGGCUCGAUCCGGAGCGUGACGCGCGCUUCUACCACGCCCCGAUCCUCGCACACCUUCACGCUCGCGCCGCCGAGCUCCCGCCCUCGACCACCUUUGUGGUUACCGGCCACUCACUCGGCGGCGGCCUCGCCAAAAUCGUCGGCGCGCUCGGCAACGUCACCGCCGUCGCGCUCUCUGGUCCGGGCCUUUCUCUCACCCGCCACCGAUUCGGCCUCAGCCUCGACGCGCUGCAGGACACCAGCAUCACAGUCAUGCCAACCGGCGACCUGGUUCCGCGCUUCGACAUCCAGGCCGGUCUUAUCUACCAGCUCACCUGCCCGCACACCUCGCCGCUCCUCUGCCACGACCCCAUGGUCUCCAUGUGCCACAUCUUUGCCCGCUGCGGCUCAUCGGCCUGGCCUGCGCUUGCCUCGUGCAACUUUGCGCCCUGGACUGUAGAGUAG